AAAACCGAUAAAACCAAAUUAACUUUUCUAUGACCAUCUCUAGUGUAAAUUAUCUUCAAAAAUGCCAAACUGACUUGUUUCAGUGUAGCUGUCAGUCGGUGCGCAAAAGCAAAACGAAACAAAAAAAGCAAAAUUCGAUUCUCUGUCCGAAAAUCUCGUCUCGCCGUUUUCCGAGUUUCAAAAGGAUUCGUGAACCGCCGCCAAUCGGGUCCAAAAAGUUGUAAUAAUGAGUCAAAUGCUAAGGUUUGUUUGCAUCAAGAUUCCAAAGAGUCUUCAUAUUUUAGGAAGAAGUAAACGAAUUACGGAAAGGGAUUGUUUUAAAACCGACUGGGAGAACACUCAUCGUGAUCGUGUUGAACUUUUUUCGCAACAAAAAAAGCUACCGGAACUGGAAGCAAUCGAUUCAAGCCACCAACGAGCCAUCAACGAGCCACCGGAACCGCCACUUGAGAACCGAGAUCCCCCGCCGCAGGCCUGCACCGACGUGAGUACACUUAACACACAAUACACAAAACACACAGAAAUUAUAAACACACAAUAA